AUGGAUAUCUUAAACGCCACAGAGGAGUUUGAUGCAACAUUUUGCAUCGGGCAAGGAGGGCAGGGAAGUGUUUACACGGUAAACCUUCCAUCAUUAGGGAGUAUAGCUGUGAAGAGAUUUCAUUCUUUAUUUGCGAAUACACAUUGCAAAAGCUUCACGAAUGAAGUAAAUGCAUUGAUUGGGAUUAAGCAUCGGAACAUUGUGAAACUCUUUGGCUUUUGUUCGAAUGCACAACACUCGUUCUUGGUUUACGAGUAUGUGGAGAGGGGGAGUCUGUUUAGUAUCUUGAGCAAUGAAAUUGAGUCCAAGAAUUUGGAUUGGCUAAAAAGGGUGAAUAUCAUCAAAGGUGUUUCUUUUGCUUUAUCUUAUCUGCACCAGGAUUGCUCACCACCGAUUGUUCAUCGAGACAUAUCAAGCAGUAAUGUUUUGCUUGAUUCCGAGUAUGAAGCUCGUGUUUCAGAUUUUGGAAUAGCCAAGCUUCUCAAGCCAGACUCGUCCAAUUAUUGCACAACGCUUGCAGGCACAUAUGGCUAUGUUGCACCUGAGCUUGCAUAUACAAUGAAGGUUACAGAAAUGUGUGAUGUGUAUAGCUUUGGAGUAUUAGCAUUGGAGAUAAUCAAAGGAAGUCAUCUUGGGGAAUACAUUACUCUGCUAGCAAAUUCAUCGACUAGAGAUCAUAUGCAGCUUAGCGAUUUGCUGGAUGGACGCCUUCCAUAUCCUGAUGAUAGAGUAAAAGAGGUUUUGGUUUUUAUCAUCAAUCUAGCAAGCUCUUGUUUGGUUGAAACUCCGAAAUCGAGGCCAACAAUGCACUUCAUCGCUCAUAAGUUAUCAUCAAUGGAUUCACGCCCAUGUACUCAUCAUAGAUAA